AUGACUAUUAUUCCCCUCUCUAACCCUCCACACAUCAAUGUGCUCAUCUUUCCCAUAAUUAUAAUUUUAAUUAUUUAUCAAAAUUCAUGGCCACAAACGACCGCUUACCAGCUCCUCAACGACAACGUGUCCAUCACGUUAGCCUCAACCGACUACGGACACAUAGUCCGAGAAAUUCCUUCCUCUGUCUUGUACCCUUCGUCAGCCAGUGACAUCAUCAGUCUCGUGAGGUCAUCUAAUGUGACGAGCAUUGCUGCCAGAGGACACGGGCACUCGGUCAGGGGACAGGCUAUGUCUUCUGGUGGCGUGGUGGUCAAUAUGAGGGGUCUUGGGGAAAAGAGCAGUAGGAUACGAAUCCGGAGGAAUUCGUUAGGGUUUUAUUAUGCAGAUAUUGGGGCUGAGCAAUUGUGGGUUGACGUGUUGCGAGCUGCACUCAGGAAGGGGCUGGCGCCUGUCUCGUGGACGGACUAUUUGUACCUGACAGUGGGUGGAACCCUCUCGAAUGCUGGGAUUAGCGGGCAGGCGUUCUUGCAUGGACCGCAGAUUGCAAAUGUUCUUCAGCUUGAGUUGUCUUCUUCUCCAUCUCCAUCUCACUGUUUAGGUAAAGGGAAACUCGUCACUUGUUCAAGAAACAAAAACUCCGAGCUUUUUUUCGGGGUUUUAGGUGGUCUUGGACAGUUCGGCAUCAUAACAAGAGCAAGAAUCAUCCUAGAUAAAGCGCCAACAAAGGCAAGAUGGGCGAGAUUGGUUUACAACGAUUUUUCCUCAUUCAGAAAAGACCAAGAAUAUCUUAUCUCGAGUAACGUCUCAAACUAUGUGGAAGGUUUCGUGAUCGUGAACGAGAGUACGACUGAGCAAUGGCGGCCCACUUUCUCAGUAUCACCGUCAAAUCAGUCGCUGAUUGUUGAGUUGUUGUCGAAUCAAAGCAUCCUUUACGCCAUAGAGUUGGCCAUGUAUUAUGACAAUCAAACUGCUGAGACCAUAGAUCAAGAAUUCCAGGCAUUGGUAAAAAAGUUGAACUUCGUCCCUGGACUCGAUUUCGGUACAGAUGCGACAUUUUUUGAUUUCAUUCACAGAGUUGGAAACUUGGAUACUCUAGAAAUGGGAUCUCAGCUAUCUCAUCCAUGGCUCAAUCUCUUUGUACCAAAAUCCAACAUUGUGGAGUUCAAUACGCUUGUUUUGGCUGGAAUGCUUCCACGGCUCAACCGAACAUCAGGGCUCUUCAUUUUCUACCCACUAAAUAAAAACAAAUGGGAUGAUAGAAUGUCUGCAGUAACACCGGAUGAUGACGUAUUCUAUGCUCUCGCACUUCUGCAUUCGACCGCGCCCGAUGCAUAUCAAAACAUCGAUAAGUUUAACAAUGAAAUUUUGCGUGUUUGCGAGAGUGCGGGUAUCGAGGUCAAGCAAUAUCUUCCUCACUAUGCAACCCAAAAAGAAUGGGAAAAGCAUUUUGGGUCCAAAUGGGGAAUGUUUAAGAGAAGGAAAACCUUAUACUGUCUCCAGGCCAGAGAAUUUUUAACUAUAAUAGCAAUAGCAAUAUCUCUCUUACUUUCGAACCCAUUCCCACUCACAAGCGCUUGGGAUCCGUUAGCAAAUCGAUUCCAAUACGACAAUGCAUCCCUCGAAAAAGCUUCCAAAGACUAUGGAAACAUAGUUCAUCUCAUACCAACUUCUGUUUUUAACCCUACGUAUAUCAGUGACAUCCAGAUUCUGAUUACGCAAAAAUACAACAACUAUGCCCGUGAAACAAACAAGAGCUUCGCCAUAAGAGCUUGCGGCCAUUCCACGAGGGGACAAUCCCAAGUCCUUGGUGGCAUAUCCAUAAACGUUACCUCUCUCAACACAACAUACAAGAUGAGGAUCAAGAUUCUUGAGGAUCCGAUAUAUGGCUUCUAUGCGGAUGUUGGGGCCGAGCUGCAGUGGCUAGACGUGCUGUGGACCACUCUUAAGUACAAUCUCACGCCUGUUUCGUGGACGGAUUAUCUCAAAGAAAGCGUGGGAGGUACACUUUCGAAUGCGGGCAUAAGCGGACAAUCAUUCAAAUAUGGGCCUCAGAUCUCGAAUGUUUACUCUCUUUCUGUCGUCACUGGUAAAGGGGAGUACAAAUCUUGUUCGCCAUAUAAUAACUCGGACCUUUUCUACGGAGUUCUAGGCGGCCUUGGACAAUUUGGAGUCAUUAUAUCUGCACAAAUUCGAUUACAAAAAGCGCCAACAAGGGCAAUCGUGACGAGAUUGCUUUACAGUAACUUCACGGAGUUUACAAACGACCAAGAAUUCCUUAUUUCAACCAAUCUUCCGAACUACACGGAAGGUUUCAUUAUCGUAAAUGACAUUAUACCCAGCGGCUGGAUAAAUUCCAAUUCUUCAGCCAAUGUGUCCGAUGUUGAUGGCUUGUUGAAGAAAUAUACUGUCCUAUAUGCCAUUGAAUUCGCUAUGUAUUACGACGAUCAGACUGUUGACACUGUCAAACAGAGAUACCAGAUGUUGAUUGGCAAGUUGAAGUUCAUCCCUAAGUUCAUAUUUCCAGAGGAUGUUUCCUAUUUUGAUUUCCUUUACAGAGUCGGAGACUUGGACCUUGCGGUCACGGGAUCACUGCUAGCUCAUCCAUGGCUCGUUUUGUUUACGGGAGCAUCCCAAAAGGAGAAGUUUAAUAAAUAUGUCUUGGCUGGAUUGCUUCCCAACAUUAGCCAAGCACCUACCAUCCCCAUUUAUUACCCACUAAACGCAACAAAAUGGAGCAAUAAAACCUCUGCAGUCCUACCAGAUGAGGAGACAUUCUACACUCUGGGACUACUGCAUAGGAGUGCGCCCGCUGAUUACAAAGUCUUUGAUGACUUCAACCAAAAGGUUUUGAGCGUCUGCAGAGAAAAAGGUAUCAAGUACAAGAAGUACCUGCCUUACUACGACAACAAGUCACAGUGGAUUGACCAUUUUGGAUCCAAAUGGAAAACCUUCCUUCAAAAUAAAAUGAAGUUUGAUCCAAAAAAUAUGUUGUCUCCAAGCCUAAAUAUUUUCAAGUAGCCAUGUUCCAAAUGCUCUACAAUAAUUGCCCAUUGUGCAAAGAAUAAAGAGCGUAUUGUGUUGUUACCUUGCAGCAAAAUUAUCAUAAAUUGAAUCACUCAUGUUGUUGAGUAAAUUUUAAUAUUUUUCACUUUGGUAUUUUCGGUCUCAAUAUGUGAUGCUUAUUUGAAGGGUUUUACUCUCAAUGCUCAAACUUUAUCAACAUAGUGUACUAACAAACUCAUCGCUUUGAUGGUGGCGCCAUAAUUAUUUUAGGGGUUUUUUUUAGGUCGAACAAAUCCGUCCAGGUUCCUAGAGUCAGGCAGAAAUUUAGUCUGGUAGUAGGAAACGAUGUGUUUUUCUCUUGAGUUGGAUUGACUUCAAAGGUUCACACACGGGUACUUUGAACGGUCAACUCAAGGUAAAAAUUUUUGAAAGAU